AUGGGGGCCAGGCAGUCUGGUGCCCGCUGCAAGGACAAGGGCCUCCCGGGGCGGGGGGUCCUGCGGGGGAGGCAGAAGUUCUCCCCGUGGGACGAUGCUCUGCUCUCGGGGAGGGACCUGCGGUGUCUGCUGAAGCGGGGCCUGCGGCACGUCAGUUUCAGCCUGGUCACCAAGGGCAUGACAGAUGCUCCCGACUUCCUGUGGAGCCUGUCAGAGGUGCAGAAGCUCAACCUGUCCCACAACCAGCUCCGGGCCCUCCCGCCCGAGGUGGGGAAGCUGACACGGCUGGUGGUCUUGAACUUGUGCGGGAACCGCCUGAAGACCCUGCCCCGGGAGGUCAGCCUCCUCCAGAGCCUCAAGGUCCUGUUUGUGCACAUGAACUGCCUGACGGAGCUGCCGGCAGAGCUGAGCGCCUGCCGGAACCUGGAGGUCCUGAGCCUGUCGCACAACUUCCUGUCCCAGCUCCCCGCCAGCCUCGCCGACCUCUCCCGGCUGCGCAAGCUGAACCUCAGCCACAACCGCUUUGCGCACAUCCCUGUCUGCGUGUUCUCGCUCAGGGAGCUGGACUUCCUGCACGUGGGCUCCAACCGCCUGGAGAACAUUGCCGAGAGCAUCCAGUGCCUGGCCAGCCUGCAGAUCUUCAUUGCCGAGAGUAACAAUAUCCACACCUUCCCCCGCUCCCUCUGCCUGCUCACGGGCCUGGAGCUGCUGAACUUGAACAACAAUGACAUCCAGACCCUCCCCGAGGAGCUCUACCUGCUGUGCAGACUGUCCAGGAUCGCUUGGAACCCCAUGGACAAAGGGCUUCACAUUUCCCACAACCCUUUAUCCAAACCUCUGCCCGAGCUGCUGGAGGGGGGUCUGGAGAUGCUCUUUAGUUACCUGAAGGACAAAAAACACACCUGA